ACUAGUCUACAACAAAGACUAUCACACAGAGAUGACGUUGUUCAUUUGCAUGUUUUGGGGUUGGCCAUGCUAAGGAAGGACAGAGUUAAAAUCUACAGUCUAUGGUUGAAACAAGCGGAAUCCGCCUCAGACGCUCAACAACUCCAGAAACAAGUAUUGGACGUCGGCAUUCGGGGGAACCUUCCACUUGCCCCUCCCCCUUCCUCCUGACGUGAGACUGGUGAUUGGCCAGCGCGGUUCCUUCCUCCUGACGUGAGACUGGUGAUUGGCCAGCGCAGUUCUCAGCCAUGUCGUACGGGAAGGGCGAUGCCUACGGCUCCCAGCCGCGGGACUUCGGCGGCCUCAUCCAGACGUGCGGCUCCAACAUCCAGAAAAUCACGCAGAACACUGCCCAGAUUAAAAGCAUGGUGAACCAGCUGGGGACGAAACAGGACACCAGCGAGCUUCAGGACAGGCUGCAGCAGUUGCAGCACUACACAAACCAACUUGCCAAGGAGACCAACAAGCACCUGAAGGACCUGGGCUCUCUCGCUCUACCCAUGUCCCCCUCAGAGCAGAGGCAGCAGAAGCUCCAGAGGGACCGGCUGAUGAACGAGUUCUCCGCCGCGCUCAACAACUUCCAGGCCGUGCAGCGCCGCGCCGCCGACAAGGAGAAGGAGUCGGUGGCCAGGGCGCGCGCCGGGUCCCGCCUCUCGGCUGAAGGUAGUGAGCAGCUGGUGUCUUUUGAUAAUAAUCUGGAGGACUGGGGUCAGUCGACGACGCAGAGCGAGGAGGCGGCCAUAACGGAGGAGGACCUGGAGCUCAUCAAGGAGAGAGAGACCAACAUCCGACAGCUGGAGUCAGAUAUCUUGGAUGUGAACCAGAUUUUUAAGGACCUGGCAGUAAUGAUUCAUGACCAGGGAGAAAUGAUCGACAGCAUCGAGGCGAACGUGGAGAGCGCCGAGGUGCACGUGGAGCGAGGGGCGGAGCAGCUGCAGAGGGCCGCGUACUACCAGGGAAAGUCCCGGAAGAAGAUGUGCAUCCUGGCCAUGGUGCUGUCGAUCAUCAUCACCGUGCUGGGUAUCAUCAUUUGGUUGGCCACCAAAUGAGCCCCCCCCGACACCCGAGCAGAAAAAAACACUCCCUGCGUUCCUUCAGCCUGUCGGGGGAAGGGGGUGUCACGAUAAAGUCAGCAUCGCAAUUCACCAGUCUGAGGGAAAAAAAAA